ACCGUUUCUCCGUCGAAGGGAGAUCGUUGUCUCGGUCCAUCUGCUCUCUCUAAUGCAGAACGUCUUCUCUACAUACCACGAGCGUGUUUCUAUCUGCGCGACCUGCAAUCACCAUUUCACCUUCCAAAUCAACGCCCCCCUCGAUGCAUCUGGGUAUGACCUCCACCCGAUCGCAGUACGUGCUGUCGAGGCGUCCAUAGCGGAUACGCAAGAAUCUAUCGCGAAGGCUCGCUUUGAGAUACGAGCUGUUGAGCAAACACUGGACUCCCUCCGCGCGGCAGAGGCCAAGCUGCAACACGCCCUCGCCGUGCAGCGCGCUCACCUCGCGCCCAUCCGCCGAUUACCCUUCGAACUUCUGGAGAACAUCCUUGAGUGGAGCUGUACGGACGCGAUACUCGGUCCUUCCGGGUGCACCCCUCUGGAACUUAACGCAGUGUGCAAGCAAUGGCGUGAGAUCAUGCUCCAGACCCCGCGCAUAUGGGCGAACCUGCAGCUCACGAAUCUGCGCUUCAGGUCCUGGUCCCAGCGCCAAGCGGCUCUCAAGCGCCUCAAGUAUUGCCUCGGCAUGACGCGGGGCCUUCCGCUCUCGCAGCCCAUACACGUCAACCUGGACACCAGCAGUGCCGGCCUGAAUCUGGCCAAGAUCUUGCUAAGGCAUGCGGCUCAGUGGCAGCAUCUCGAAGCCGAAUACCUUCCAGACGAUCUCUGCCGCUUGUUCAAUGGACAGUUGUACCCCCAUCUGCACACCCUGGACAUCAGCCUGCUUGCCUUCGAAGACCCACUAGCGUCGGGCGUCUUCUUCAACGCGCCAGCUCUGCGCAGCGUCACGCUGAGGAAUCCGCUACAUCAGCUCGACCUGUCCGUUCCCGAUCUCCCCUGGACCCAACUGCACGAGCUGCACACGGCGUCCACCUUCCUUUUUGCCAUCGACCUACUGGCCCGGUGUUCGAACCUGACUUCCUGGACGCACGAGAACAUCUCCCUAAUCCCGCCGGAGCAUCCCACCGCGACCGUGACACUCGAACACCUGCACACGCUCGACAUCCACUACGACAUGGUCGGCAGGUCCUCGGACUUGGAUUUCGUCUUUGCGCCCAGAUUGAGAACUUUACGUAUGUCGUACAAGGAGGAACACAAGUUCUUGCAACCCUCGUCGACCUACGCGGAGAACUUCUUCGACAUCUCGGGAGGGAACGUUGAAGACAUUACGCUGCAUCAUCCGUCCAUGGCGCUCCUCGACCGCGUCAUGGCCUUGCCCAACGUCCGCUCUCUGUCCAUUCACGCAUCAAAGGUCACUCCAAUACUUGACAUUACUUUCGAAAGGUUGUCCCUUAGGGCCCCAGGCGUAGAGCACCUACCACUGCCGAAGCUGGAAGAGCUAUCCCUUGGAGGGUUUGGUGACUACUAUUGGGAUUCGGCCGUCGCCAUGGCGCAAGCGCGUCGAGAGUGCGGGUGCCCUCUGCGAGCGUUGGACUUGGAUCUCUUCAGCGUCGACCUGAGGUUCCUCCCUCAAGAGCCUGGUUCUCUUAAACGGCUUCGCGAGUUGGUCCCCGAAUUUGUCGCCUCGGGUUAGAUGGCUGCGUCGCCGUUCCGCGUUUGAAAGCCCGACCUGCCAUGGUAUGGGAAGUUGUCCCUUCAGCAUCGCCGUGACGCCCUCAAUCUCUGACCGCGCGCCCCAAUGUGUACAUACUAUUACAUCGACUGAAAUUAUACCCAUGCAUCAUGUACUGCUAUCCGACUUGGGGAUGUGCAGAAAUCCUGACUGCGAAUUCAUCAACGCGUG